AUGGAUACCUCCAAUUCUCAUGAAAUUAUGAUAAAUGAGACAACGCCUCUGGUACCUGCCAAGGGCUCGAAAAAAACUAAAACGCCCCUUCCAAAGCUUCAGAUAGGCAUACUUAUAACGCUGCAACUUGCGGAACCCAUCGCUUCGACAUCUAUAUUCCCGUACAUCAAUCAGCUGAUCAGAGAACUUGGAAUCACUGGGGGCGACGAUGCGGCUGUAGGAUAUUAUGCUGGAAUCAUUGACUCUCUGUUUUUCGUCGGACAAGCACUGACGGUGUUGAAGUGGGCUCGGCUGUCUGACCGCAUUGGGCGUAAGCCGGUAUUAGUCAUCGGACUAUUAGGAACAUGCAUUUCGAUGCUAUGUUUCGGCCUUUCGACGAACUUCUGGAGCCUUGUUGUUAGCCGUUGCAUGUGCGGUUUUCUGAAUGGCAACGUCGUAGUAAUGAAGACUAUGAUGGGAGAAUUGACGGACUCCACAAAUAUGGCUCAGGGAUUUGCCCUGAUCCCGAUUGUUUGGUGCAUCGGAGGCUUUGUUGGUCCUUUAAUGGGAGGAACACUCGCGCGACCGCAGGAUCAUUGGCCGGCAUUGUUCUCCGGUUCGUUCUGGAGACAUUACCCGUACUUUUUACCUUGUGGGGUGGCAGCCUGUCUGCUCGUCCUGGCCCUUGUCAUGAUGAUAAUCUUCUUGGAAGAAACAUUAUCGACAAAGCGUCGGCCAAAGUUCACUUCAACUACGGUCAGCGUUUCAAGUAGCCCCGACAGAGAAUUACUUGCCAAAAACUCGAUGGCCAACAUGCCCUUGCGAUCUCUCCUUACGCCUUCCGUUGUCAUUCCGAUGGCAAACUACGCCAUGCUCUCCUUCCUUGACGUUUCUUUUAGGGUUCUUUUGCCGCUGUUCUUGUCGACACCUACUUACCUUGGCGGUCUUGGAUUUGAUCCUGCUACUAUUGGCUUGUGGAUGGCGCUGGUUGGGAUCACGGAUGGUGUAUUUCAGGCAUUAUUCUUCGCCAGAAUCACCGAUUGGAUUGGUUCAAAGCGUCUGUUCUCUGUUUCAGUGUGGUGCUACCCACCACUCGUGGCUAUGUUUCCGAUAAUGUCGUGGAUUUUACGUGCAAGGGGUGAAGUCGAUUAUACAAUCACGUUUGCCUUGCUUCUCCUCAUAUGUAUAGAAGUCACAUGGGAUAUGGCAUAUGGAGCUGUUUUCAUGUUUAUCACAGCCUCUGCCCCCACAAACAAUGUCCUUGGCGCUAUCAAUGGCCUCAGUCAAACCUCUGCGGCGGUAGCUCGUGCCAUUGGUCCUGCCAUGGCGACUUCGCUCUUUGCUGUAUCGAAGGAACGCAAUCUUCUAGGAGGAAAUGCAGUGUAUAUCGUCUUGAUUGUGUUGUCCGGUGGAUUGAGAUGGCUGGCAUAUCAGUUGCCGGAUGAAGUACAAGAUAGGGAUGAGUGA